AUGUCGAAUUUAUAUGAAAAGUUGCCGAGUAAAGAAGGGCCGAGACCAUAUAAAUGUCGACAGUAUGCCUCAAAAGUUUCAAUAAACUUGAAUAAUUUUCGAAAAGAAGGGAGAUUUUGCGAUAUUGACUUAAUCUCAGGAAAGACAAAAGUUAAGGCACAUCGUGCUGUAUUAGCGGCUAGCUGUGAAUAUUUUGAUGCAAUGUUUAGUGUUGGUCUUGAAGAGAGCCAAAAAGGUCAUGUAGUACUGCCCACUGUUCCACCGGGUAUUCUACCUUUAAUUAUUGACUUUAUAUACACUGGUGAAAUAGUGAUAGACAAAGCGACAGUGCAACAUCUUUUAAUUGCUGCUGAUAUGCUACAACUAAGAGAGCUUGUUACGGGGUGUGGUGAAUUCUUAAAGAGAGAAAUACACCCCACAAACGCCCUUGGGAUAUUUAGAUUUGCUGAGACUCACAACUGUAUGGAUUUAGCAGAAGAUGCCUUAACUCACGCUCAAGGCAAUUGGAAUAUUGUUGCUAAUGGUGAAGAGUUUUUAGAAUUACCAUUGCAACAGCUUGUUACUUUAUUAUCUUCUGAAGAACUUAAAGUGGAAAAUGAAGCGCAGGUACUAUAUCCAGCGCUGCAAUGGCUGGAGUACGACCCGGCCUGCCGCAGGCGCCAUUGCUUUGAAGUACUGAGCCACGUUCGUUUGCCGUUGAUCUCGCCGCAAGUCCUGGACGACGCGCUCAAAACUGUUCAAGACCCGUCGAUAGCGCUCGCCUUGAAAACCGUCAGAGAUGAUAUGAAGUCCGGUCGGGGGGCGCUGGUGUCGCUGGCGGCGGAGCCCCGCGCCCGCUCCCGCCGCGUGCUGCUGGUCGCCGGCGGCUCCUGUCACGACAACGCCGCGCACCCGUCCCUCACCGCGGACAACAUACUGUCCACCGUUCUAAAGUUCGACCUGCACAAGAGAGAGUGGGAGGAGCUCGCGCCAAUGGGCAUAGCGAGGAUCCAGCCAGGCGUUGCCACGCUCGGCGGGCGGGUGUACGCGGUGGGCGGCGAACAAGGCAGCCAGAUACUCGCGAAUGGUGAAGUGUAUGAGCCUCAGACAAACAAAUGGUCGAACAUAGCGCCGAUGAGGGAGGCCCGUUGCGAAUUCGGCUUAACUGGCUGGAACGGAAGCCUGUAUGCAUUCGGCGGCUGGGUGGGCUCCGAUAUGGGCGGCUCCGUCGAGGUGUACGACCCCAUAAACGACGAGUGGACGCUGAUCGGGAAGAUGCCCGAGCCGCGUUUCGGCAUGGGCGUGGUCAACUUUGAAGGUCUGAUAUACGUGGUGGGCGGCUGCACACACACGUGGCGGCACACGCGCGACCUGCUCUGCUACGACCCGGCGAGCGGCAAGUGGAGCGCGCUGGCGCCGAUGCGCCACGAGCGCAGCCAGGCCGCCGCGGUGGUGCUCGACGGCCGGCUGUACGCGAUCGGCGGCAACGCGCCGCGCCGCGCCGUGCUCUCGUCCGUCGAGCGGUACAACUUCGACGAUAACACGUGGGAGGAGGUGGCGAGCCUGAAAGAGGCGCGGGCGGGGUGCGCGGCGGGCGCGGCGGAGGGCGUGCUGGUGGCGGCCGGCGGCGACAGCGAGAGCGGCGGCCAGCGCGCCUUCUACCGCGCGCGCACCACGCUCGCCUCCGUGGAGGUGUAUGAGCCGCGCGAGAACGCGUGGCGCCUCGCGCCGCCCCUCCCCCACUCGCGCGCCGAGGCCGGCUCCGCGCUCCUC